AUGUCUUUCUAUAUCGAGAACAAGAAUGUUGGUAACCGGUCAGACAGCGAGGAUUGGCGCAUUCGCGGAUACAACCCGUUGACGCCACCGGACCUGCUCCAGCAUGAGAUCAAGCAGACGGCCGAGUCGAAGCAGACGGUCCUCGGCGGUCGGCAGGAAGCCGAGGCCGUGGUCAACAACGAGGACCCGAACCAACGGCUGCUCGUGAUUAUCGGACCCUGCUCGAUCCACGACCCCGAGGCCGCGCUCACGUACUGUGACCUGCUGCUGGCCGAGAAGGAGAAGCACAAGGGCGAGCUGCUGAUCGUGAUGCGGUCGUACCUGGAGAAGCCGCGCACGACGGUCGGCUGGAAGGGCCUGAUCAACGACCCGGACAUCGACAAUAGCUUCCAGAUCAACAAGGGCCUGCGGCUGUCGCGCCAGCUCUUUGUCGACCUGACGAGCCGCGGCAUGCCCAUCGCCAGCGAGAUGCUCGAUACCAUCUCGCCGCAGUUCCUGGCCGACCUGCUGUCGGUCGGCGCCGUCGGCGCGCGCACCACCGAGAGCCAGCUGCACCGUGAACUGGCCUCGGGCCUCUCCUUCCCCGUCGGCUUCAAGAACGGCACUGACGGCACGCUCGGCGUGGCCAUUGACGCAAUCCGCGCCGUCAAGCACCCACACCACUUUCUGUCCGUGACCAAGCCUGGCGUCGUGUCCAUCGUCGGCACCGUCGGCAACGACGACUGCUUCGUCAUUCUCCGCGGCGGCACCAAGGGCACCAACUACGACUCCAAGAGCAUCGCCGAGGCCAAGGCCGCCCUCCAGGCCGCCGGCAUGCCCCAGCGGCUGAUGGUCGACUGCAGUCACGGCAACUCGCUCAAGGACCACCGAAACCAGCCAAAGGUGGCGGCCGAGCUGGCCAGCCAGAUCAGCGCCGGCGAGACCGCCAUCAUGGGCGUCAUGAUCGAGAGCAACAUCAACGAGGGCAACCAGAAGGUGCCCAAGGAAGGCAAGGCUGGGCUCAAGUACGGUGUCAGCAUCACCGAUGCCUGCAUACAUUGGGAUGACACCGUCAGUGUGUUGGACGUCCUUGCAACUGCUGUGAAGAAGCGGAGAGAGAUCCUGGCCAGAGACACCACAGCGGCAGGACGAUCCUAA